GGAACUUCCCCUCAAGUCUGUCCGGAGGUAGAGGGGGAGUAUGCGACCCGGCUGAGCGCGGCCCGAGAGGGGCGGGUAGGGCGAGGACAGGCGGCGCCAGCAGCAGCCCCGCCGCCGUAACCAGAGUCGCUCGGCAGCCGCCCGCUCCAGCUCCUUGCCCUCCCCCGGCUGGGGCAGGAGCCGCCGCGGCCGUCCCAUGUCCCGCAAGGCCAGCGACAAUGUGGAGUACACGCUGCGGAGCCUGAGCAACCUGAUGGGCGAGAAGCGGCGGCGGCAGGCGGAGGGGUCCGCCGGCUCGGGCGCGGCAGCGGCGGGCGAGCGGAGCCUCAUCGCCGCCGAGUCGUGCUCCAGCCUCAACAGCGCGGCGUCGGGCGGCGAGCUGGAGCGGGCGGCGCGGCGGCAGUUCCAGCAGGACGAGACCCCCGGCUUCGUCUACGUGGUGUCUGUCUUCUCCGCCCUGGGGGGCUUCCUCUUCGGCUACGACACCGGCGUGGUGUCGGGGGCCCUGCUCCUCCUCAAGAGGGAGCUCAACCUGGACGCGCUCUGGCAGGAGCUGCUCGUCUCCAGCACGGUGGGCGCUGCCGCCCUCUCCGCCCUGGCCGGCGGCGUCCUCAACGGGCUGUGCGGCCGGCGGCCCUGCAUCCUCUUGGCCAGCGGCCUCUUCACGGCGGGGGCCGGCGUGCUGGCUGCUGCCCGAGACAAGGAGACCCUGCUGGGGGGACGCGUGGUGGUGGGGCUGGGCAUCGGUGUAGCAUCUAUGACUGUGCCAGUGUACAUCGCAGAAGUUGCUCCACCGCACUUAAGAGGCAGAUUAGUCACCAUUAACACUCUGUUCAUCACUGGAGGGCAGUUUUUUGCAAGUGUUGUUGAUGGAAUCUUCAGCUACCUCGCAAAGGAUGGAUGGAGGUACAUGCUUGGCCUGUCGGCUGUUCCAGCAAUUAUACAGUUUCUUGGAUUCCUGUUUCUACCUGAAAGUCCCCGCUGGCUCAUUCAGAAAGGGCAGACUCAGAGAGCACGGAGAAUUCUGUCUCAAAUGCGUGGCAACCAGGCAAUUGAUGAGGAGUAUGACAGUAUCAAAAACAACAUCGAAGAAGAAGAAAAAGAAGUUGGAGCAGCUGGACCUGUGAUCUGCAGAAUGCUAACAUACCCUCCAACUCGAAGAGCCUUAAUUGUGGGUUGUGGGCUGCAGAUGUUUCAACAGCUGUCAGGGAUUAACACCGUCAUGUAUUACAGUGCUACCAUUUUGCAGAUGUCAGGAGUUGAAGAUGACAGGCUUGCAAUCUGGCUGGCUGCACUGACAGCAUUUAUAAACUUCAUUUUCACUCUCGUGGGAGUCUGGCUCGUUGAAAGAAUGGGUCGCCGGAAACUUACACUUGGUAGCUUAGCAGGUACUGCUGUAGCACUCAUUAUCCUAGCUUCGGGAUUUUUGCUGUCAGCUCAGGUCUCGCCAAGAAUCACACUUAAUCCACCAGACCCUUCACAUCAAAACUCUACCUGCACAAAAUACAGUUACUGUAAUGGGUGUAUGUUAGAUCCAGACUGUGGUCUCUGCUACAAAUUGAAUGAAUCAAAUGUUGUUGAGUCCUCAUGUAUUCCUGUUGAUAAAGAUUCUACAAUGAAAGCUGCAUGGGGCAGGUGUUCAAAUGAAACAGUAUUCAAAAAGGAAGAUUUGUUCUGGGCAUACAAUUUCUGCCCCACUCCAUACUCUUGGACAGCACUUCUGGGCCUUAUUUUGUACUUGGUUUUCUUUGCACCUGGAAUGGGUCCUAUGCCCUGGACUGUCAAUUCUGAAAUCUACCCACUUUGGGCUAGAAGUACAGGAAAUGCAUGUUCCUCUGGAGUCAAUUGGGUUUUCAAUGUGCUCGUGUCACUGACAUUUCUGCAUACAGCAGAAUAUCUGACAUACUAUGGAGCCUUCUUCCUUUAUGCAGGGUUUGCUGGCUUGGGACUGGUUUUCAUCUACGGCUGCCUUCCUGAGACUAAAGGGAAAAAACUAGAGGAAAUUGAAUCUUUGUUUGAAAGCAGGCUAUGUACAUGUGGUAUGUCAGAUUCUGAUGAAGGGAGAUAUAUCGAGUAUAUUCGGGUGAAGGGAAGCAAUUACCAUCUUUCUGACAAUGAUGCUUCUGAUGUGGAAUAAUUUUCAGCUGCUGAUGUAUUUAAUCAUUUAAAAGCCUUCUGAAGGGAAAAGCAGCUCUCUGAUGACCUCACUGCCCUGCUUCUGGUCUGGUUCUCCUUUCUACUGUCUAGUAAAAAAUGCCUUCAUGUUCAAAAAAUGCUCCAUUUGGGAGGAAAUUCAAUAUGUGAGUGUUUUCUUGAUAACUAAAAGCGGUGGCUCCCAAGAGAUCGCAUCCCAUGAUUAUGUGAAUUCACCAAGUGUGCACGACCGAGGUAUUUGGUAGGGUGCACUAUACCAGAUGAAUACAGAAGGCUAUCUGAGAUGGUCACUGGUUGUGCUUAUCUUCAAUACUGACAAAAGAUUAAAUAAUAGAACAGAUAAUCAGCAACCAGCCAACAACUGUCAGAUCAGCAUCCCAUAGCAGCAGAGCAGAUAGCUCUGCUGUGCAAUUCAACCAAUGAUGAAUGCAUAAGCUGCUGUCAUGGCAGCCAUUUCAAAGGUUUAACUGACUGGGAAAUACAAAUUUCUGCUAUAGCUAUUGGAGGGAACAUUUCCCACUUAACCCUAAGAGAAUUCCCAUUUUUAUUUGUUUGAGAUAACAAGUAGAAAGCCAUGGUCACCUGUAUGGAAGUCCCUAGGGUGCGGUAGGUCUGUGUUACACUGGACUGUCCAGCCACUGCUGCUCUGGAGUUCACACCACGGUUCAGAGCUGGUGUUUGUGAGAGAAAAUGCUGAAAUUAACUACUUGACAGCAGGAAAGCCGUACACGUACAAAUGAACUGCUAUAUAUUGCUGUGUUCAAAGUAGAGGCUUCAUUUAGUUGGAAAAAAAUUAUUUUUGUUUCCCUUUCUUGCAUUUGAAUGUUUGGGUUCGUGCCAAGUUUUGAAUACAAAGUGUCAUUAGCUAAACAGAGAAGAAGGAGGGAAGAGGUUUUCUGCUGCUAAAUGCAGAGUGGUCAUCCCUCCAGCGCCUUUUGCUCAUGAAUAAUCAUAUUGCCUUCACUUUAUCUUUGCAAUGAAUCCCAGCACAUUUUUCCUUGAAAUGCUCUUAGUCAACCAGUGUCUUGCUGGAUCUGAAGAGGAAUAUUAACAAUGGGCAGAAGCCUUCAUCUCCUAGUAAUUGCCUUACCGAAGCAUUGCAAAAUUGUCAAGAAAAUGUCAGGCACAAAAAUCAACUUGGCUGCCUUCAGCCUGGUAAUGAACAUGUGAAUGGUAUUUUAUUAACUUGCCAUGCUUGCUUGCCUUGGCAAAUUGAAUUUUAUGCAGCUACAUUAAAAUAUUGUGGGGUUUUUUCCCUUGUCCUUUCCUCACUGCUUUAAGUCUUCAAAGAUGUGAGUUUGAAAGCAUCAACAAUUCAAAUUCAUAUCUUUGAAACAUUUACUUCAUGCAAGAAUGCAUAAAAACUCCUCUGCCUAUGGGCUAUCCCCCCAUUUCUUUGGUAAAAAUAUAUUUAUUUUUUGUUGUGUAAAGAUUGAAGAAGCUGUUGGGUUCGUUACCUUUUAUAAAUUUGCCUUGUGCACUUUUUUGGGGGUUGAAAUACAUUUUCAAUAUAGAAUUGCUAUCAAAACUGAGACUGGACAUUUAUUACUGACUUAUUUUUAUUAGAUAACAUGGAGUUUUGUUUUAAAGAAAUCUGACAUAUUAUCUGAUAUUCUAGGAGGAAUUUCUUACUCUCCAAUUAUUGAACUUCAGCAGUUGGGUGUAUUUUUGCAUUUUUUUUCUUUUUUACUUCAUUAAUCAAAGAAAUAUUUUUUGAAAGAAAAUAUUUUAAAGCAUCCUUCCCUGACUUGACUGGGACUAAAGGGGGAAAGCAUAGCAGACAGAGGGAGUUUCAAACAAAGAGUGGCCACACCUUGAACAUCUCCUUGUGUGGUGACAGGGCUGGAUUCUUGCACCUUUCAUCUAGCCUCCCAUUUAUGUGCACAAUAUUUUUAUGCUUGGGAGCACCAGCUGUUGAAAGUGCUCGAGUCUCCAGACCUAUCUUCCAAUCCCCACCCACUGUAGGAUGUCUCUGUUAGGCUGUCACCUCUCUGAAACGUUCACUGAAGGGGUGAUACCUGAAAUGAGAAAGAAAGGUCUUGGCACAGAUGAGAACAAAAUAGUUUUAAGGCCAAGUUGGUUUCCUCCUGAAACAAAAAAUGAAUGUUUGAAGACCCUUAUUGGGAUCAGUUUUGUCACCUAGAAUGACAUGUGAAUAGGUGUAUUACACCCAUCCUGUGCUCCUGUGGUAUCCUACAUAGAUUUCAGUAGGUAUUUACUGGCUUUACAGAGCAAGCACUUAUGGCUCUGAUCUCCACAAAAGGAUAAGCCCACACUCACCCUUACACCCAUGAAUAUCUCUUUGUUUCAUGCGUUUUGCUGGAGCAGGGUGUAAGCCAGGGAGGGUGUCCCUGGGCCAGCACAGUGUUCAGGCAGACCCCACACUUCACUGCAUUUGUGUCCACAGGCAGAGGAACCUGCUGCAUUUAUUGGGCAUAACCAGGGCACAGUCACUGGAAAGGUGGCUGUCACAAGAUGAGGUUUUUUUGUUUUGCAGGCAAUGCUGGGGCUUAUUAGGAGCAGCAGACCAUCCUGCUCUCCCACUCUUUUUCCACAGACGUUCUCAAAAGCAGUGCUAGGUGCAUACAGCACUGAGCUUGUUUUCUCAUGCAACAAGUUGUGUCUUGCUGAAAGCAGUUUUCUGAAGAUUUGCAUCCUGUGGCCUUUUUCUCAAGGCAAAACAAUUGAAACAAGUGCAUUUUAUUCAUCAUUGUUACUGUCACUGAGGGUGCAAAAUAUAUCAGCUACGUUAUUGUCAACUCCCCCUUUACCACCUGCGAAGAGUUGGGUUUAAGUCUUCCUUAGGGUUGCUGUACACCAAGACAACAUUCCAUACUUCAGAAACACUGAACCUAGUAGCAAGCAUAGUAUAAUAAAAGUGAGAUCAAAUACUUGAAAUUAAUCUUACUCAAUUAGGGUUUAUUUUUAGAAUCUGUGAAAAUUUAUAAUGUAUGAAGAAAAUUAAAUAAAAUGUUUCUAUUUUGCUAAGAUUUUUUUAUAUUUGUGCAUAUUUUAAGUUUUAAGAAAUUUUUUGCUAAAGGUAGACUUAUUAACAUUCCAGAUAAAAGAGUAAAAAUACAGCGUAGCUGAAUAAUUUCUUAUAACAGUAUUUUAAUUUAUGAAAUUGAAACAAUAGUAUGUCUAAGCACAAUAUUGUUUUAGUGUAACCUUUUUGCAGAAGAUGUGGAAUUGUUUCUUCACGAGUACUGCACACUUAAUUCAGGUAUUCUGUGCAUAAGGAAUGCUAGAGUAAUACUGCUGGUAGGUUUGGGUGUAUUGAUUAUAUGAACAAUUUGGGAUAUUUUAAUUCUGAUUAAUCUUCUCACUUUAUGUGUUUUGGUCUAAGAGCAAGUAUGAAAGAAACAAGUCCUGAUGCAUUUUAAAUCUUCUUAAAAUUUGAUACACAUGCAGCAAUUUGUUCAUCAUGUUGCAAAUCUAAAUUGUUUGCAGCGUUGAGAUAAUUUGCCACUUGUUUCUUCCCCUGGUCACUCCACUGAUAAAUAUCAGGUUUUAACAAGAGAAGCAAACCUGUUUUGAAAAUAGAAAUGAAGCAAGGCCCCAGGACUCAUUUGGAGGGGGGCUGAACUUGCAUUGCUAUGCAUGCACUUUAUGUUCUCUCAUAGAUGUUGCUACCGUGUGAAUUGCAGUGACAGCCAUGUCAGAAACUUUGGGAUACUUUUUAUGGAACAUUAUUCCAAUGCCAACUUAAUUUUGCAUAAGUGGGAAAAUGCAGCAUUUUACCAGUGUAGGGUUGGGAGGGGAGAAGAAAUAAAGGAUAUAGGAUAUAGGAAAGGAUAUAUUCUUCUUCUGAGGGAGAAGAAUGAUGGGAACAAGGGACUGUACUUGGUCCUGUGGGUGGGAAUGGGGGUGGAGAAGCAUGUGUUCCUCUCUCAUACCCACCCAGAGGUGAGAACAUGUCAACUGAGUUUGGAAAGCUACUACUUUUUCCCUUGGUGGAAUCUCUUUUGCCCUCAGUCACUCAGGUUGAGCACUGGGGAGCAAUUUUGACUUUCAAGGCCUGCUACAGGCCCUGGAUGAGGGUCUUUCCUUCGGCCAGGAGGGUGAUGGUUGCAGUCCCAUGAGCAAUUGGCUAGUUAAAGAUAGGCCUUGCACUUCUCACCUCUGUACUCCACUUCCUACUCCUCAACAUCAACACACUUCUAAUAUGGUCUUGAAGUUUUACUUUUAUAAGAGGCUUUGUUAGCUGAAAGUCACUAAGCAAGAAAGGCAGGCAGCUCAUAGCAUAGGGAGAUCUCGGGGUAGGAAUCGAGGCAGAAGAGACAGUUCUGUGAAGCACUUUAAAGGGUAAGAUAUUUGUGCACUUUUUUCUAAGAGAGUCAAGAUAACCAAAACCAUUUUCUCUUCAUUGAGAAGAAAAUAAUCGAGCUUUGUGUACCAGGCCAGAAGCAGAUAAUGCCACAAUAUGUGCUUUAUGGCAAAAUGUGUUUUUAUUGCGGGUAACAUUUACAGCUUACAUGUAGCUGCUGCCUAUAAAGUGACUCAGUCAUUCUCUGGAUUUUAACAAAUCACAUUUUUGUGCAAAAAUCUUAGCGGUUUUCUAUCGAUCUUCAUCGCCUUGUGUACAGUACAGUUAAGCAUAAUCCACAAAGUGGUCUAGGUUGUGGCAGUGUUACAAAUGUCAGCACAGUAAAAUCUAGGUGAACAUUGUUAAAGAAAUAUUGUUGUUUGUGAUAAAACUGGGGGUAAAAACUCCUUAAAGGCAACUAUAUAUAGAUUUUAAAAGUCUGGAAAAAAUGGCAGUUCUUAUCUAUUUUGUGUAUGUUUUCAUAUAGAGAAGGAGUUUUUUAUGUGCCAAUAACCAUCACUGUAGUGUUUUGUAAAUGGGUGUUAAUGGUGUUCUGGAGUUCUGUAUAUGAGAAUAUUCUUUAGCCACAAUGACCUGUUAUUGUGAACCAGCAGCAUGUUUUUAAUCUUACUCACACCUCUAAUCAGAGGUGCUCACUCAUCGGCUUCAGUAGAGAUCACUCACACCAGGGGAAGUUUGACCAGCAUCAGGCCUCAAAAGUACAGAGUUAAUCUAAAUUUCCGCUUUUUCACAUUAUCACUAAACAGUAUGUUACAUGUCAGUGAUCUGGCAUGUAUAAUUAUAAAGCUUCAACUCUGAUUCAGUUGCAGUCCUUGAUUCUGUUGAGAUACAGUUUGUCAAAACUUGGUUUGGCUUUGCAUCCCAUUUAUAUAAAUAAGGGGCGCACUGAUUAAUUAUGAAUAAUAUCCACCUGUUUCUAAAGGAAGCAUCAGUUUCUGAAGUGUUAAAAUAAAGGCAAACUUCUCUUGCUGCCUUAAACAUUACUUUAGAGAGGACUGAAUGUAUGACCAUCAUUGUGACCUCUGCAGAAGAAACUUCACGGGUCCUCAGCAGGUGAAACAAGGUGGUUUUGUGGUGCUGGGAUACUGCAUUAAACUGCAGACCCAUCUGCUGUCUGUUCUAUUUCAACUGUUCCAGUAGUCCCUGUGAAAUUGAUAGGAUUAUUCAUAUGCUUGAUAUUCCCCAUGUUCUCAGUGUCCUGCUGGUUCAGGGCAUGGCUGGGAAGUGGCAAAAGUCACAUCUCCACUUUCCAUAAAGCAUCUUGCAGCCCUACAGAAGUGUCAACUAGAUCUUUCUGUGACAAAUUCUAUGUAGAAUAUUUGAGACAUUAUUAGAGACCAAAUCGAUAGUUAUACUUCCAUGUGGAAUAGUAACAUGCAUAUGACACCAUCAGGCAAUCUCUAAUCCCUGGGCACAGAUUAUGGUGUUUGGUACAGAACAGGUUUUGGCAAAACUAAUUGUCAGGGUGUCCAAGUUAUUUCUUAACCAUGUCAAAUAUGUGCCAUUUCCUUUUGCAACCAGUCAAGCCUAUAAUGUAUGAAAGUGUUGUACAUUUUCUGAAACUUAUGUGAUGUAAAAUUAUUUAAUUGACUUCUGAUUGCUUUAAUGACGUUUGGUCUUUACAUAGAAGUAAAUAUCUUCAAACAAUUGUCAGUGCCAGAAGUGUAAAUGAACAAAAUAAAAGGUGAGAUACUUAA